CGUCAAACGUCAAAUGUCAAAUUGACAAGUUACAUUUUGUAGGUUUGAUUUCAGGGUUUGAUUAUGGUUUGAUUUGAUACUUUGUAUCUUGGCAUCCUCUUUUCUGAGCUCAAAUAAACAGUAAAAUAGCCGGUAGUCGUUUAUUAUUGUGAUUUGUGGUGUGGAUUUGUGUUAAGUAAAUAAAUAUGUCGGAAUCGGAAACUCCAACUACUACAGAUAGUACUACAAAACAUGAGUCCCAUGGUAGGAAGAGAAUGCGGCAUCGUAAAAAACUUUUAUAUGAUAAAAUACUGAAGCAAAUGGAGUUCUACUUCAGUGAUGCAAAUCUCACAAAAGAUAGAUUUCUCGGAGAAUUAGUUAAAACCGACCCAUAUGUGCCUAUAGAAGUGUUUCUAAAGUUCAAUAAAAUUCGCGCCAUGACGCAGGACGUUAUUGAUAUCGCGAAAGCUAUGAAGUUUUCCACAAUUUUGGAGUUAUCAGAGGAUAGGCAGAAGAUAAGAAGAAAAACUCCAGUGGAACCAUAUGAUGCUGAAUCCAGGACUGUGUAUGUUGAAUCUAUACCUGUGACCGCUAACCGGGAGUGGCUUGAGAAGGUGUUCUCAGAUUAUGGGCAUAUUGCCUACAUUUCAUUACCUAAGUUCAAAAACUCACAGAGAAUCAAGGGUUAUGCCUUUAUAGAAUUUGAUAGAGCCGAGGAUGCACAUAAUUGCAUAGUAGCAUUCACCAAGAUGGGUUGCAGACUGCCCACAAGCAUGCCACCCGAGGAACUUUCUUCUGUUAAAAUGUUUUCUAUUGAGGAGCCAGAUAAUGUUAAGGUAAAAGAAGAGAUAGACAUAAAGAAAGAAAAGCCAGAUAAGGUAAAAGAAGAGGCAGACAACAAGAAAGUAAAAUCUGAUCAGGUAAAAGAAGAAACAGGCAUUAUGGUGAAAGAAGAAGAUAUCAAGGUUAAAGAAGAGGAUGAACCACCUAGGAAAAAAUCAAGGAAAUGUAAGGAUAAAAGGCCCAAAAAUUUAGAACUGAGGCCAGGGCAAGACUCAGAUUCUGAGAAAAGGGAUACUCCUACUGAUGAGUGUAAAACUAUAACAACGCCAAUAGAUGAUGUGCGCAUAAAAGGAGAACCUAAAGACGAAUUAACUAGCCACGAUGAAUCCAAGGAUGAUGCAGAUUCACCAACUAAGAAGAAAAACAAAAAAAAGUCAGCCAAAACUAAAAGCAAAACUCCAAAUGGCUUAAACACAAAAGAAGCUCCAAAAGGAGCCCUGUGGGGCCUCCAAGUUUUGCCGAGAUCAGAAUGGAAAGCAUUAAGGAAUAAAUAUUUAACCCUGCAAAGGAAUUAUAUGAAACAAGUGAAGAUUAAUUUGUAUAAUAGGAAGAAUUCCUAUUCAGCUAUACCGGAGCCUGCAACACUUCCGAUGGAAGCUGACACAGCUUUAAAUUCCGGAAAAACGAUCAGCAGUAAGAAUGUCACACCCCUGAAGAAAAUCCCAGGUGUCUUUGUCAGAGAGAUUCUGCCAGAACCAUGCUGCGAUAUCAGGCACACUAAACGAAUGGUGCGAAGCAACAUCCAUGCCCUGCACGUGGAUGCUAAAGAGGGUCAGUCGGAGAUAAUCAUACGCUUUGAUUCAGCAAAAGCAGCUGACGAAUACUGCGCCAACUCUAGCAACCGCGCCAGCAUCCUGUCGGGCGCGGAGGAGGAGGAGCAGUGGGCGCGCGCUGAGGCGGGGCGCGCGACGCCGCGGCCGCGCGGCCGGGAGCGCCUGCGGGCGCGCCUGCAGCGCCGCGGCGCCGCACCCCCGCCCGAGCCCGCCUCACCGCAGCCCACGCACACGCACAUCCGGUUCGACGACGAGUAGUCAUGCUGUUAGUACUGAUAUAUAGAGGCCGAUUCAAACUUGCAUCUGACCUAACAUCGAAACCAUGUCUGAAUCAGGUGCACGUUCGAAUUGGCCUAAUAGUCAGGCGAAACCAUUUUGUCGGUACAAAAAGGUGACAAAUUUGAAAGAAGUAGGCGCGAAGGGUCGAUUGGUCGUACAAUCUUUGUAAAGUUACAUAAUCUGGCGAACCGAAAAGAGACAGAACCCAAAAAAAGUCUGUAGUCCGUGAUUUGUUUUUUUUUUUUUUAUUUAGCAUAUCUUUCAAGGCCACCUGCGUUAAGUUUUGCACGUUUACGCUGUUCUGUCACUGGGAAAAGGCACGAAAUUGAAAUCUAUUCGUGACAUCGACCCUGCACUUACAUUUUUUAAAAUUUGCCUCCUACUGAAAAAGAUGGCUUGUCAAACUAUAUCUAUCGGGUACUCGACCGACCAAAAUAAUUUGUUUGCCAUUGUAGAACAAUAACAAAGCGCGUGCCCCAAAAACUAUCAGCACUAUUGUUAAGUGAAUAAUACCUACUUAUAUGUAAAGAUUCUUUCGAAUCAGUCGUUUUACAUCUACUGUUACUUACUACUGCUAAUUAUUCCAUAUACAGAUACUUACUACUUUGAACUACAUACAAAUUGUGAUUUGAAGCGGGUUAUUCCCACUAGUUACCACCAAGUUGUUACCAGUGGUAACUACUGGGAUUUUUUUCCCACCUUUUACCACUGGUAACUACUGGGAAAAAAAACCCACUAGUUACCAUCAACUCGGUUUGGUGGUAACUACUGGGAUUUUUUUUUCCCAGUAGUUACCACUGGUAAAAGGUGGAAUUUUUUUCCCAGUAGUUACCACCAAAAUUUUGUUAGAGUUCAAUACUAAUAAAAACAGUAGAAAUAGUAAAGUAUAAAUAAAGAGUGCUUUAAUAAAUAGUUAUAAGUCGAUUAACUGCUUUAAAAGUGAUCAUGAUCAACAAUUUUAAAACCGGUGCAAUUGCAUAAAAUUAAAAGAUAAAGAGAAAUUAACGUUUGGUUGAAAUUCAUCUUAUUAAUUGUAAAUUGGAUUAAUUGUGACGUUAUCUAUGAAAUCUGAAUCUUUUGUCGAGGGCGCUUACGCCGCACUGCGUAGCGCAGCGUUGUAUUUAUAUAGGAGCAUCGCUGAUAAUGGCGUAAGCGCCAUCGACAAUCAGGUCUGUUUCAAUAAAUAACGUCACAAUUCCGGUCCUGUCUGGCCUAGUGGGUAGUGACCCUGCCUACGAAGCCGAUGGUCCCGGGUUCAAAUCCUGGUAAGGGCAUUUAUUCGUGUGAUGAGCAUGGAUAUUUGUUCCUGAGUCAUGGGUGUUUUCUAUGUAUUUAAGUAUUUAUAUAUUAUAUAUAUCGUUGUCUUAGUACCCUCAACACAAGCCUUAUUGAGCUUACUGUGGGACUUAGUCAAUUUGUGUAAUAAUGUCCUAUAAUAUUUAUUUAUUUAAUAUUCUGCUGCGCCUUGGAGCCUUAAUGUAAAGUUUCUAACUAUUCACAUUGAAUUGAGUAUUAGUCAAACACUUUUUGAAUUACCUAGCUUCAUAUAUUCUACCUUGAUAAAGGUAUAUCCGCGGGUGGUCAGCUACAUAGCGUUUCGAUUGCGAUCUCAAUUCAGAACACGUCUACUUACUAAGACCCUAUCAGUUCUGUUGUAUGUCUUCAGGUAUUCCACACUAGCUACCAAAUCGAUGGAAAAAUUUAAAUUUAAUUAUACGAACGAACAAACAAAUCAUUCAAAGACUACUUGUGAUCACUUUUAAGGCAGUUUACUGAAACAGUCAUCGACUUAUAAUUAAACUAAUAAAUAAUUAACUUAUGAUUAAUUCGACUUCAUUAAUUAUUGAUUAAAGCACUAUAUUUAGACUGUUUUUAUUAGUAUUCAACGCUAACCAAAUUUUGGUGGUAACUACUGGGAAAAAAAAUCCCAGUAGUUACCACCAAAUCGAGUUGGUGGUAACUAGAGAGAAUAACCCUUUGAAGCUAAGCUAAAGCCAACAUUUAAGUAGGUAUAUCAAAAUUUACAUUUAAAUGUCUACUUGAAAAUACACUGUACUUUUAACUAGUAGUAUUAAAUAAUAAAUUUUAAAUAUUACUCUUUAAGUCAUCUUUAGUCUUUAUUUUUAAGUCGGUUCUUUUAUGUUCUCAACGCAAUGUAAAUAAAGCAAACACGUGACAUCGUCAUUUAGCCAAUAAUAAUUAUGAUUGGCUAAUAAUUGAGACACAGUAAACAAAGAAUUGUUUAUAUUAUCUCAAGGGCUUAAAAUAACACACUAGGUCAGAUCAUAUUCCUGGCGCUACACCUGUUUAGGGUUCCGUUUCCGUACCCGUACGAAACCCUUACGUACGACUCUGUCCGUGUGUCACAGAAGCAGCUGAAUAUUUCGAGAACUAUUUACGCUGCCGAUUUGAAAUUUGGAAUUUUUAUGAACAAAGCUAACCAAUACGUCUUGAAAGUUUUUAUUUUAUUUGCUUAGGUAGGUACUAUGAAAAAUAUCAAAUAUGGAGUGGGUGCAAAAUUUCAAAGUAUACUUAUUAGGUCAAGUGGGAUAUCAUUUGAAAGAGUUGUACAUUCCAAAACAAUGUUUUUAUUUUGAAGUGAAAACUUUAGCGGCGCUGUGCACUUUUUGUGAUGAGGAAAAAAUGUUAAACUCACGUCAAGGCGUCAGGUGUCACGUGACCGUCAGAUUGAAAAUUCGUAAGACGGACAUGUGACAUUGUGGCGACGUGCAAAUUGAAUGUCAUUGAAUGUCAUCGAAGCCUGGUUACUUUUGAAAAAUCGUAUCUUAUUCAAGUGUGACAUUUUAUUUUCUUCAUAAUCAAAGUGCUGUCAUAACCAUAACGGUUAAAGAGGUUUAAAUGGUUUAAUCUUUGUUAAUUGUGUUGUAUUGUAUCUUUGUGUUGUUGGGUGUCCAUGAUUGUAGAUACUCAAAUUUUUCCUUACCAAAAAGUUACAAUAACAGAAAAGAA